AUGAGCAGGCACUUCAAUGGGUGCGAGUUCCUCCACGUGCCACGAGCCGACAAUGAUGCAGCAGAUGCCCUUGCUCGCAUUGGCUCCACCCGGCAGGCCAUACUAGCCGGCGUCUCCCUUGAGCGCCUACGCAAGCCAUCUAUCAAGCCCUCGUCGGAAUCUGAGUCCAUCUUCAUGCCGACUGACCCCACAGCAGUCGGAUCCGGCUCAGGGGCUUCAGCAGUCGGCCUGGAGACUUUAGCAGGUGGCCCGGGGGCUGCCGUAACCGCACCCAGCCCAGAGAUUCCAGCAGGCGGCCCAGGGGCUGCUGUAGUCGGCCUAGGCACUUCAUCGACACCAUCGGAAGUGGCCGGCUCCAGCCCACCGCCUCCCAGCCCAGCCACCCUAGUUCCAGUUGCCGUCUUCACAGUGGUGGAAGAACCGUCUUGGGCGCGGCCCAUCCAUGACUUUCUGGUGAGCCGCGUGCUACCAGCCAAUGAAGUAUUGGCCCGGCAGAUCCAACGGCGGGCAGGAGCCCACACUAUCAUCAACGGUGAGCUUGCCAGGCACAGCGUGACUGGCAUUUUCCAGCUCUGCGUGGAGCCGAAGAAGGGCAUGGAGAUCCUCAGCGACAUUCACCAAGGCGAAUGUGGCCACCAUGCCGCCUCCAGAGCUCUCGUAGCAAAAGCCUUCCGCCAUGUUUUCUUCUGGCCGACUGCUUUGGAUGAUGCCAAAGAGUUGGUCUGGAAGUGCAAGGGGUGCCAGAAGUUCAGCACCAAGCAGCACCAGCCGCCCUCCGCCCUCAAGACCAUCCCCAUCACUUGGUCGUUUGUCGUGUGGGGCUUGGACAUGGUGGGCCUGUUCAAGACAGCAUGCGGCGGCAUGACCCACCUGCUGGUCGUCGUGGACAAGUUUAGCAAGUGGAUUGAGGCCAAGCCAAUCAAGAAGAUAAAUGGCCCGACAGCCGUCACAUUCAUUACCGACAUCACCGUUCGAUACGGCGUCCCCCACGGCAUCAUCAUCAACAACGGCAUCAACUUCGCCAGAGGCGCCUUGUCAAACGGCCAGGUGGAGCGAUCAAACGGCAUCAUCUUGUCCGGCAUCAAGCCCCGACUGGUCGAGCCACUAGAGCGCUCGGCCGACUGCGGGAUCGAGGAGCUGUCGGUCGUCCUUUGGACCACGCCCAAUAGAUCAACCGUCUUCAUGCCUUUCUUCCUUGUGUACGGGGCCGAGGCUAUCAUUCCAACGGAUAUUGAGUUUGACUCGCCUAGCGUCACCAUGGCCAUGGCCGUGGACGAUGAGAUGUCGUGCCGGUUCCUCCCCUGGGGCCUGCCCCUCAGGAGCGGUUCUGGGUACAGGGUAACCCCGAGGCCGGACGAGCCCGUCUAUGUCACCGGCGCCUAG